GCAGUUCGCGGUCAAGGUGGGCUACGACUCCUUCCGGGUCUGGUGCUACGGCCUGUUGACGUGCGUCACCACGGGCCUGGGCGCCGUCCCGUUCCUGUGGGCCCGCCCGAGCGACUUAGAGGACCUGGGAAAACGCUGGCGCUCGCCAACACGGCAGCGGGUGGCACGAUGCUCUCGGCCUCCGUCAGCAUGCUGCUGGAGGCGCACGAGCACUCCGGCGCGUACGAUUGGCAGAUAUUGGCGGGGCUGCUGGUCGGGGUUGUCUUCAUCCGUGCCAGCGAGCAUCUUUCAGGGGGUGCGAGCGAAGACGGGGAAGACGAGGCCGAUGUGGCCGUCCUGCACCAGGCGUUCAUGGACCGUCGGCACAUGCGAAAGGCGCUGCUCAUCUUCACCGUCAUGUUCUGCCACUCGGCCGCCGAGGGCGUGGCGGUGGGGGUGGCCUUCAGCAAGCGGCUGGACGCGCAGUUCGGCAUCUUCAUGUCGCUGCUGCUGGCCGUCCACAACGUGCCAGAGGGCCUCGCGGUGGCGCUGGUGCUGGUGCCCCGGGGGGUCUCCGCGCCCCUGGCGUCCCUGAUCGCCAUACUCACGAGCGUGCCGCAGCCGUUCAUGGCGGUGGCCUCCUUCUUCUUUGUGGACCCGACGCCUUCUCCUGGAUGCUCCCGAUCGGCCUGGCGUUCGCGGCCGGCGCCAUGA